UAUAACCGUUCGUUGGGACCCAGUCGUCCCGGCCCAUUGGAUUCUUCCUCGAUCUGCGUCUACCAUCUUCCGAUAACCUGGUGUCUUGCCCACAGACCGUUGGCCUUUCGGGGCCCACAACCUCAUCAGACGAGCCUCAUCUCCUACGACCUCGACCUCACUGCACGUUCACCAUGGUUGAAGGGAACAUUUCCGGCGAGAGCAAUGCACUCAUGGUGCAGGUGCCGGCCAUCGUCUUCUUCGUCCUCACGCCUAUUUUCGUGGGUAUCCGGUUUUGGUCAAGGAUCAAGAUGAGAUCUGGCCUUGGCUGGGACGACUGGACUAUUCUCUUCUCUUUUAUCUGCUGCCUGAUCGUGUCGAUAUUGAUGAUGAUCUCUUGCGAGUAUGGGUUCGGACAGCACAUCAGAAAUCUGUCAAAACCUAAUAAGGUGAUGACUUUACAACUGUUCUAUGUUGCCCAGAUCUUCUACAAGAUCACCAUCAAUCUCACAAAGGCAUCCAUUUUACUCCUAUAUCUUCGCAUCUUUGUCCAACGGUACUUCCGGAUUCUUUGCUACACGCUUCUCAGCAUCAUUCUGGCCUACAUGGUAGCGACCUCGGCCUCUUCGAUAUGGCAGUGCACCCCUAUACCGAGGGCUUGGGAUAAGAGCAUUCCUGGUACUUGUAUCUCGCUUACCAUGAACUGGUAUGCGAAUGCGGGAUUCUCUAUUGCUACCGAUGUUCUCAUCAUGGCGCUGCCGCAACAUGUUCUGUGGCAGUCGAAACUCCCUACCAACCAGAAGAGGCUGCUCAUGGUUGUGUUUGCUCUGGGCCUCUUCGUCACCAUCACAAGUAUCUUGCGCAUGACGACGCUGAACUUUUCCACCACGAGCCCGGACACCACUUUCGACAUCGCCUCAACACUCUGGACAGUCGUCGAAGACAACGUCGCCAUCAUCUGCGCCUGCCUGCCCAUGUGCCGUCUUCCCUUGACCUACCUCUUCCCGACCUACUUCGCAACCAAGAAAGGCUCGUCUGCUGGCAGCUACAACACAGGCUCCGCACCACGAACGAACAACAGCAACUUCAUCCACGCCGGUACGAGCCGCAACGACUGGCACCCAUACCAGGGCCGCGAAGAAAAGAAUGGAAUCCAUCUGACGAGUGUGCAUGCUAGACCAAAGGUUGGGGACGAUACGAGCGAGGAGUACAUCCUACCUACAGCCGCCGACGAAAGGCGUGUGAGGACUCCGAGCGAGGAGGUGGAGGAUCGUCGGGCUAUCAGGAAGACGACAGCAUUUCACAUGACUUAUGAUGAUGAACAGCCGAGGAAAUGAGACGCGGGACUUGAUAUGAUGGAGAACAUAGUCAGGAGUAAAAGUUAUCAUUCAAAGGAACUCACAACUACCCCUCGUUCCGAAGAAGGUGUAGGCAAA